AUGAGGCUCGCGUGGUACGCAGGGGUAUCCACGGCCCUGGCGGCCACGGUCGUCGUCUCGGCCUUCCACCAACGAGCGAACUUUUACUCGGCCAUGGUUUACCUCGCGCAGAGUAACUUUUGCUUGCUGGUCCUGGUCAACUUCAUCUACCUUAUUUACGGCACCAUGAUUUACGGCCUGCAGCGACUGCUGUACGGUCCGCUGCGACAAGUCGAGGUUGAGCAGCUUUCAGAAAGGGCGUGGUUCGCGAUCACGGAAACAUGCCUGGCGAUGACAAUCUUUCGCGAGGAGAUUGGAGCAUGGUUCCUCGUCAUGUUCACCGCACUGGUGACAGGCAAGGUCUGGGGCUGGAUUGGCGACGGACGUGUCGAGGUCCUCGAGCAGCAACCGCCCACGAACCCCGGCCUCUUCCACACCCGACUCAGCAUCUCGCUUCUCCUGAGCUUAGUCUACGACAUAUGGCUUCUCCGAUACACCGUCAACACGGUCAUCCAACAAGCGCGACCCAACAUGAUGGUCAUGUUCCUCUUCGAAUUCGCCGUCUUGGCGACGUGCUCGGCACGAACCGGAAUCCGCUACAUGGUGUCGGUGAUGGAACAGAAUAUUAUCAAGACGCAGACUAGACAGCGUCUGGAGGAGCGCCGAAGACAGGUCCGCGAGGAGCGCGAGGAGCUGCUUCGCCAGCGAGAGCAUGAGAACGGCGCAGGCGACGACACGGAUCUCCCUCGCGAGGAGGACGUUGACGAGAUGGACAUUGAGGUUCCGGGGUGGGAGGCCAAAGGCCAGUGGAUUCUGAUACUGGAUCUGUUUGCUGACUGCGUCAAACUCGCCAUUUACCUGGUGUUCUUUGGAAUCCUCCUGACCUUUUACGGCCUUCCGAUCCACAUCAUGCGUGACCUCUUCAUGACCGCUCGCUCCGUCAUCAAGAGGGGCUCUGCUCUGUGGCGCUACCGCAAGGCCGUCGAAGACAUGAACAAGUAUCCCGAUGCCACGCAGGAAGAGCUGUCGCGGGAGGACACGUGCAUCAUCUGCCGUGAGGAGAUGCGCCCCUGGGAUCCCAGCGCUGGAGCGGUCGAACGGGUGCGCCCCAAGAAGCUCCCGUGCGGACACAUUCUUCAUUUCGGGUGUCUCAAGAGCUGGCUGGAACGUCAACAAGUCUGCCCUACCUGCAGGAGCCCCGUCGUCGUCAACAACAAUGCUGCUGCACCACAGAACCGCGAGGCGGUUCUCGCCAGAAUCGGGCUGGGCGGACUCGGAGCUGCGCCUGCGGCCCCUGCCGGUCAGCAACCACCCGCGGACAACGCGCCAGCCGCCCCGGGCGGACAGCCUGCGCAGCAAGCCCCGAGAAACGGUGCCGCCCGGGUGUUCCAGCUCGGUCCGCUCCGCCUCGGGUUCGCUCAGGGCGAGAACAUGCAGCAGCUGGCCCAGCAGAUGGGCGUCCCGCCAGAGGCUAUCCCGACGCCCCUCGGCCAAGGAGCCCCAGCCGGCCCCUUCACCCCAGCCGCGCAGACGCCGGGAGCUAACAACAUGUCGGCAAUACGCGGGCAGAUUCAGCACCUCGAGCAAAUGAUCCAACGUGAGGUCCAGUCUCUUCAGCACAUGCACCAAGAGCUACAGACGCUCCAGCUUCUCACGGCGGAGCUGGGCCGCAUCCGCCAGCUCCAGCAGCAGCAGGAACAGGCGCAAAACAUGCUGCCCAACACUGGCACGGCUCCCGUCGUCAACAUCGGAGCGACUCAACUGCCGCUCCCGACGAUGCCAAUGACGCAGGUCCCGAUCCAUCCAACACUACGGGUGAACGGGCCUGUCGUGACGAGACACGGGGCUCCCAACCACUCCAACGCGAUACCCGCUGGCAGCGCCGAGCUCCCGGAGGGCGUCGUCAUCCCUCCCGGAUGGUCUCUUCUGCCUCUCCAGCGACUUGACGGCACGGCCGCAUCGUAUGCCCCUCAGCCGUUCCCCGAGUCGGCACCCUCUGCAUCAGGCGAGACGAGCACUUCGGAAGCCCCUGCAUCCACACAACAAUCAACCACCACAGCGCAAGCUCCGGAGACGAGCAGCCCGGCUGCACAGACUGUCGCCACCUUCCCCGAGCCACGGCAAGAAAGUGUGCCCGGCUCCAGCGCGUCUACGGGCCGGUCAGAGCCGCCCCCCGUCAUCGCUCCGAACCCGGUGCUCCCGAACUGGGGCGGCGCCAACCAACUGUUUGGCAACGGCCGCGGGCUGUCGGGCCUGGGCAAUCCGGCGCCAUCCGAGUCUUCGGCCGACGAAAGGCGAGAUGAGCCCGCCAGCAGGAGCUCGGAGACGGCCGCGGCAAGGGAGGAGAGUGCGGAGGACGGGCACAAGGGCAAGGGCAAAGCUGUCACGGUCGAGGAGGCCGAGGACGAUGAGUAA